AUGUAUUAAUUGUUUAUUUCAGCAAGUGCAGUAAAAUGACCCCGAUUUCGGAGCUGACCAACACGCAGCCCACAGACCUACAGGGACUGUCAGUGGAGCUGGAAACUGUCAUGGGGGGAAUCAAAAGCCUACAGAUAAAUCAGGAGGCCAGUGUUCAGUCAUUGCAGAGAACAUACAAGGAACAUGGGGCAGUCAUGAUAGAACAAUUGCAUGGCAAUUUAAGUACUAAUAUAGAUAAGUGUUUUAAUAGUUCUGUGGGUACAUCGGGCAAUAAUUUAAAAGAAGAAAUGUGUUGGAGUGUUCUUUCCAUUUUGAAUGAAUUUGAUAAUAUUACUGUGAAGGAACUAAAUGAUAUAAAAGAGGAAGUUAUAAGCAUAAAAGGGUCAGUUACAAGUUCUAUUCAUAAAUGCACCACUCUUCACAAUGACUUGUCACAAUUCCAUGAACUUGUUCAGAAAAUUGGAGAUAAUAAGGAGCUCUGUCUUAUAGCCAGCAUAAAAUGUAAGCAUAUAAUACAGCAGGCAUUGACUCUGCUAGGAAAGUCAGGCAAGGCGUUUAACGUCCAGCGGAAGUCUGUGCACAAUGUGAGAAUACCAAGUGAUUCAUAUGAAUGUAGUAUUGCAGGCAUAUGUGUUCUGACUGAUGGGCAGGUGCUGGUCGCAGACUCGAAGAAUAAGAGGAUCAAGCUGCUGAACCAGCAGUACCAGGUGGUGAAUCACUGGGAUGUGACUGCUGGGCCAUGGGACAUAUGUUUGAUCACAUCCAGUGAGGUUGCAGUGGCUGUGAAUGACCAUGAUAGCAAGAUACAUGAGGUCCAGUUUAUCACUGUCAACCAGGGAAAGCUUGUCUCUGGCAGGAAGUUUCAGUUACAACAUGAAUGUAGAGGUAUUGUCCAUCACCAAGGAGACCUUUUUGUCACCUCUGGUAAAGAAUUGUACAAAUACUCACUGAGUGGCAAACUGAUCUGCAGUCUCUACCAAGAUAGAUCAGCUGAUUGGAAAGUAUACAAGUGUGCUGUGAGUCCCACAGGAGACAGGCUGUACAUCAUCACCAGCUACUUGAAGAACAAGCUUCUCACCCUGGCCAGGGAUGGCACACUCCUGGCUACAUACACAGACCCAGCACUACGUGACCCAACUGGUCUACAUGUGACCCCUGCAGGCCAGGUGCUGGUCUGUGGAUACCGGUCCCACACUGUACUACAGGUGGGCUGGGAGGGAGAGAGUAAGCUGGCUAAUCUUGCUACUGAGGAGGAUGGACUGUGGUACCCAUGGUCAGUCUGCUACAGCAGCACCACAUCAUCCAUCAUUGUGGGACAGUGGGAGGACAACAACAUCCUGGUGUUCAGAGUGGAAUAGUGUGUACAUUUGCUGCUGGGUCGGGUCAACGAUGCUGAGGAUGUGGGGGGCAAGCAUGACGCAGAAGGAGAGCACCAGCAUUAAUAUCGAGUUGGCCAAGCAACAGCACCAGUCUGGCCUGCAGGAGCCCCAAUACAGAACCAUCCUUUCCCUCCCCUGAUCCCUAGCUCCUCCCACUGGACCUCCGGCCUCAAAGGUACACCCUUCGACUCUCAGCCCGAAGUUAAUCAGAACUCAAACUCGGCCCUUAACAAUAUCCGCGAGGCCAGCAUAUCAGCUCAGCUUCUGAGCUUCAGCAACUGCUAAGCACAGAAGACAAAGGAGUAGUGAAAGGCUCAGCCAAAUCAAAGUCCAGCAAUGUGAGGGUGACACAGCCUUUCCAUGUCCUGGUAUUGCAACAUGAAGGACAUUUUAGCUGAAACUAACAAGGGAGAGAACUGUAGAUCUGCACCAGCACAGAGCACCAGCAUUGAUAUCAAGUUGGCCCAGCAACCGCACGAGCCCUACCUGCAGGAGCCCCAGUCCAGAACGACCCUUCCCCUCCCCUGACUUCUAACUCAUCCCCCUUGACCUCCUGACUCAAAAAGUCAGCAUGAUUGAAUAACUCUGUUCUGCAGGAAAUUCUGAGCAUGAUUCUAUUCUGAACAAACGCAAUGCCCAUGUCACGUUUUCCAAACAUAAGCCUGGGUAGUUUUGUUAAGCUAGAGUUCCCUGUGGGCCUGAGAGGGACAAGUGUUACAGACACGAAAAGUAAUAGCAGUAGUUAUGGUAACGCCAACAGUCAGUUGUUGCUGUUGGACAUCACAACAAAUAUCAUGAAAAAUAAAACGUUCAAUAACUUGUUCCAAUCUUUAUGGGACAAACAGAAAUUGAACGGGAGAAAAUCAAGGAACAAUAAAAGCGUAAGCUUUCCUAGUGGGAUACUUCUGCUGUUAAUAGUUUGGACGACUGUAGGGUUACGGACUGCCCCAGAUUGUCCUCUCAGCGGCCAAAAUAUCAUAAUAGAACGGACUUUUGGCAAUGUUACUGACAAACAAAGGGAGUAAUGACUUGGUUGUGAAUACCCAGAGCACUAGACAUCCAUGCUGACAAAGAAAGGCAGUAAUGACUUGGUUGUGAACACCUCCAGCACGAUACAUCCAUGCUGACAAAGAAAGGCAGUAAUGACUUGGUUGUGAACACCCAGAGCACAAUACAUCCAUGCUGAUACAGAAAGGCAGUAAUGACUUGGUUGUGAACACCCAGAGCACAAUACAUCCGUGCUGAUACAGAAAGGCAGUAAUGACUAAGCUGUGAACAUCCAGAGCACGAUACAUCCAUGCUAACACAGAAAGGCAGUAAUGACUAUGCUGUGAACACCCAGAACAUAAUACAUCCAGGCUGACACAGAAAGGCAGUAAUGACUUGGUUGUGAACACCCAGAGCACAAUACAUCCAUGCUGAUACAGAAAGGCAGUAAUGACUAAGCUGUGAACACCUAGAGCACGAUACAUCCAUGCUAACACAGAAAGGCAGUAAUGACUAUGCUGUGAACACCCAGAACAUAUUACAUCCAGACUGACACAGAAAGGCAGUAAUGACUUGGUUGUGAACACCCAGAGGAAGAUAUAUCCAUGCUGACACAGAAAGGAAGUAAAGACUAUGCUGUGAACAUCCAGAGCAAGAUAUAUCCAUGCUGAAACAGAAAGGCAGUAAUGACUAUGCUGUGAACACCCAGAGCAUAAUACAUACAUGCUGACACACAAAGGCAGUAAUGACUUGGUUGUGAAUACCCAGAGCACAAUACAUCCAUGCUGACACAGAAAGGCAGUAAUGACUUGGCUGUGAACACAGAACACGUUACACCCAUGCUGACACAGACAGGCGGUAAUGACUUGGCUGUGAACACAGAACACGAUACACCCAUGCUGACACAGAAAGGCAGUAAUGACUUGCUGUGAACUCAGAGCACAAUACAUCCAUGCUUACACAUAGAGGCAGUAAUGACUUGGCUGUGAACACAGAGCUUAAUACAUCCAUGCUGACACAGAAAGGCAGUAAAGACUUGGUUGUAAACACCCAGAGCACAAUACAUCCAUGAUGACACAGAAAGGCAGUAAAGACUUGGUUGUUUAAACACCCACAGCACAUUACAUCCAUGAUGACACAGAAAGGCAGUAAAGACUUUGUUGUAUACACUGAGAGAUCCAUACAUCCAUGGGGUGUGCCACAGACUCAAAUUACGCCCACUAUUGUGAACAAGGUGCUUAAAGUGAACAUGUCUGGUUUCUGUUUUCUGUUUUGUUAUGAGCACUUAGCACUCCGAGCCAAAAAGGCCUCACAUUGAAUUGAGAAGGCUUUGAAAAUGACAGCAGUUUUCUUGUGUGGUCCAGUACGCCCUUCGACUCGCAACCUGAAGAAAGCAGAACUCAAACUCGCCUCUUAGCAAUAUCAACAAGGCCAGCAUGUCAUCUCAGCUCCUUGAGCUUCAGUGAACUUUACUAGCAAACAUGACAAACGUCAUUGAAGUGAAAGUCGAUAACAGCCCCCUUCUUGCACACAUACUACAACUCGCUUAAGAAAUUCAGCAUGAAGACGUCUUGCGUCAGAAUACCAAGCCUCCUAUCAAUAUCUCCUCUCAUGUUGGCUACAUCAACACUUCCAACAGCAGAGCCUUGGUGAAUUGACUUCCGUCUCAGCAUCGAUGUCGCUUAGCAACAAUUGGAUGAUGGGCGUCGACAAAUUAGGCCGGACAAGUCGCUCGAACUGAAACGAUCUGAUCCAACAGGUAGAGCAGGCAUUGCGUGACACGUCUGUUAAUGUGACUGACCUCGAUAUGUUGUUCUCAAAUAAUGUGAACCUUAGGCCUGGAGAGCAGUAUGCGAUUGACGCCAUUCAACAACAGUUGUUGUCGGCAAUUCUCGGGUUUGGGGGUGGCGACUUCGGCGUCGGGACUCGCUACAUCUCUGUCUAUGGCCCAGUCGCAGCAGCAGCAACAAGAAAAAUAAGUAGUAUCUUAGCGGUGUUCUGGGAUAUGGGGCUUCAUGUAUGUGCUUAAAUUGUCAUCCCAGAUUAGCCUGUGCAGACUGCACAUACAUAAAGUCCUAUUAAAUUGUCAUCCCAGAUUAGCCUGUGCAGACUGCACAUACAUUAAGUCCUAUUAAAGUGUCAUCCCAGAUUAGCCUGUGCAGACUGCACAUAAAUAAAGUCCUAUUAAAGUGUCAUCCCAGAUUAGCCUGUGCAGACUACACAUACAUUAAGUCCUAUUAUAGUGUCAUCCCAGAUUAGCCUGUGCAGACUGCACAUACAUUAAGACCUAUUAAAGUGUCAUCCCAGAUUAGCCUGUGCAGACUGCACAUACAUAAAGUCCUAUUAAAGUGUCAUCCCAGAUAAGCCUGUGCAUACUGCACAUACUUUAAGCCCUAUUUUCCCAGAAUGAGGCUCAUAUAGCUCACUUAAAAUCAGUAUUUUUUCUGCCUGAUUGAAGAAAUCUCCUAGCAUCAAAUGGUUUAGUAUGUGUUUUUAAAAUUAAUCCACUUGAUAAAUAAAUAGCAAAUAGCAAUUGAUCUCAUAUCAGGUUUAAUGAUAGAAGGUGAAGGCAUAGUUUUGUCUACGUUUUUGGCCGAAAUUCAGCCCUUGAACCAAGCUUUUAUCCUUUCAUACAAAAUCUGCUGUAAUAGACUUGUUAAAUUUUAUUUAAUUUUAGCAAAUCAAUUAUUUUAAUGACUUCAGCACAUUAUACAAUUAUUACCUUCAAUAUUUAUUUAAGUUCCUGAAUUUUGU